AUGUCAUCCUUUGAUUUAAAUGGGAACCAUAACUUUGACUCCACUUUCACUUUGGAUGGUUACGUUUUUUUCAUGCCUUCUAAGUGGGAGUUGAUUUGCUUUCUUUCCAAAGACGAAGCAUUUUACGUAUGUAACCUAAGUACUCCAGAGUUGGUUAAGUUACCUAAUACUCCUACUAAUUCUUGUACUUCUUUGAACGGUACAGCGUUUGGAUAUAUAAAGGAAAGGGAUGAGUAUGUAUUGGUUAAUUCUCGCUUUAUUAGUAAUAAUAAUACUGUGUGUGAAGUCAUGAGGUGGACUGAUGGUUGUUGUUUGAAAAAUCUUUCUUGGAAGGUUGUUGAUGCAAAAUGCCCGUAUACGCUAAGCCUAAGCUGGUGUGGCGUUCUGGUUGAAAAUACUUUUUAUUGGAUUCUAUACGGGGGCAAGUAUGAAAGCAUUGAAGCAAUCAUUUUAUUUGAUUUGAAAAAAGAGGAAUUUGGUACAGUGAUGCCACCAAAGGAUAUUUUUGAUGAUGACGGACUUUGGUCUUUGGCGGAAUUGAAGGAGAUGUUGUGGUUGUUUGGUUCACCUGAAGAUGUAUCUACCAUGGAUAUUUGGGUGUUGAAGGAUUCAAAGAGUUAUACGUGGGUUAAGGAGUACACUAUUGACCUAGCUGGGAUUAACCUUGACUUGGGGUUUAUCAAUAUUCUGGGUCACAAGGAAGGGAAAAUUCUUAUGGAUGUCCGUCAUGAGAGUCUUGAGUGGUAUGAUAUGGACAACAAGAGCUUCAAGAGAAUAGAUAAGGUAGGGUCAGUAAAAUGGAGUUGGUCUCUACUUUAUGCUGAUGGCUUAUUUUCCUUGGGAAGUCGAUAG